GCCGCGGCGUCACGUGACAUCCCCUCGGUAACGCAAGAUGGCGGCGCCCAUGUUGCUGCCCGAGCCCCCCCUGGGCAAGCUGAGCCACCAGCAGUACAGAGCCAUCCUGAAGAGAGAGAAGCGCAAGAAGAAGCGGCAGGCACUGGCCAAGCUCCGAGACGCAGAAGCUACGGAAAAAGAUGAAUCAGUGUCUGAGGAAGAAGAGGAGGAACUGGAAGAAGAGAAUGAAGAAGAAGAAAAAAAGCUUGAAGCAGAAAGGCAAAAACUCCACGAGCAGUGGCUGCUGAGAGAGGAGAAGGCCCAAGAGGAGUUCAAGCUUAAGAGAGAAAAGGAAGAGGCUGCAAGAAAACGUCAAGAAGAAGAAGAGAGGAAGAUCAAAGAAGAGUGGGAAGAGCAGCAACGGAAAGAGAAAGAAGCAGCCCAGCAGAAGCAGCAGGAGAAGAGAGAGCGAGAGGCAGCUGUGCAGAGGAUGCUGGACCAAGCCGAGAGCCAGCUGGAGAAUGGUGUGACCUGGCAUAACCCAGAGCCCCCAGAGAACAUAGGAACAGAGAAGGACAGAGCAAAUUGUCCAUUCUAUAUCAAAACAGGCUCCUGCAGGUUUGGAGACAGGUGCUCUCGCAAGCACAACUACCCCACGUCCAGCAGGACGCUGCUGGUGCGCGGCAUGUUCCUGACCUUCGGCAUGGAGCAGUGCCGCAGGGACGACUACGACACCGACGCCAGCCUCGAGUACAGCGACGAGGAGACCUACCAGCAGUUCCUGGAGUUCUACGAGGAUGUGCUGCCCGAGUUCCAGAACGUGGGCAAGGUGGUGCAGUUCAAGGUCAGCUGCAACUACGAGCCCCACCUGCGAGGCAACGUCUACGUGCAGUACCAGUCGGAGAAGGACUGCCAGGCAGCCCUGGCGCUGUUCAGCGGGCGGUGGUACGCUGGCCGGCAGCUGCACUGCGAGUUCUGUCCUGUCACCAGGUGGAAAACUGCCAUUUGUGGCUUGUUCGAGAGGCAGAAGUGUCCCCGGGGGAAGCACUGCAACUUCCUUCACGUCUUCAAAAACCCCAACAACGAGUUCUGGGAGGCCAACAGGGACAUCCGAGCCUCCCCGGAGCGGACUGGCCAGCUGGCUAAGAACUCUGAGCGCCGGAGCAGGGCGAGCCACCGCGACGAGCACCACGGCAGGGCGCGCCGCAGGGGCAGCCCCAGCCCGGAGCACUCGCAGCGGCGGAACGGCGAGUCCGGGAGCCGGCGGAGCCGCCGCAGCCGCAGGCACCGCUCGGGGCGCUCCCGCAGCCGGGAGCGGCGCAGGUCCCGCAGCAGGGGCCGCCGGAGGAGGGGCCGCAGCCGCAGCCGGAGUCCGACGCGCAGCAGGAGCCGGAGCAGGAGCUCCUCGCGGUCCAGGAGCAGGGGUAAAAGGAGGUCGAGCAGCAGAGGCAGGAGCAGCGAAACCCCCAAAACCAAGUGAGGGCUUGGGCGGUGCCGAUGGGUGCAACACAGAGCUGACAUCUUCCCAGCAGGGCAGCAGUACCCCCGAGUUCCAAAUAAAGAGUUCUUGCACAUCAGAUGUUGCUUCCCGACGAAGGAACCCAGUUCAUUGUGUGCUAAGCUUCAGACAAUUCCAAGUGGAAGCCCUGUCCGAGGUGUGACUGUCCAGGACUCAGCUCCUCUGCCCCUCCGAACUGCUGCAGCAGCUGGAUCCCUCCCGAGGCCAAGCAGGCAGAGAAGUGCAGCUCCUCUGGGACAGGCUUCUGCCGGUGCUGUGCGUGCCGAGUGCUCGCCAGGCAGCCUGCUGCCACCCACACCCCAGCGCUGCGGGCUGAGGAGGAGGCUGGCACUGGCUGUUGGCAGCCACGGGGGACCUCCGUGUAGAGCAAGUGACUCUGAGGCUGUGCUGAGCUGGAGAGAAGGCAUCUAAAGCUGUUGGACUGUGCAGUGCUUGCCCAGGAGGAGCUCUGUGGUCGUAAGUGCUGGAUUGUUCUCUGUGCCCUGAGCUCACGGCCUGCAGGGAUUGCAGUGGCUACAGCCAUGCAGGAAGGACCCAGGAAAACAAUCAACUCACUGAGUCCCUUAACCCCCAAGCAGGAGUGGAGGCCACGCACUCAUAAUGCUCCAGGGAGGCUGGGAAGUGCCCUGCACACCUCCUGGCUGCCCAGCAGCGGUGGUUGAGAACAAGAGGGCCUGUGAGGAGGAGGUGGAAGAUCUGCCUGGUGCUGAAGGUGUGGGGGUGAUGCCCCCAGGUGUCUGCAGGGCACCUGAAGAAACCAAAGGCUUCAUAUCUGAGAGAGUACUCCGGGGAGAGCAGGACUCGCCUGCAGGCCCUGCCAGGCUGAUUCUGCAGCUGCAGGCACCCUACUGCCUGCUGUCCCUGGGGCCAGGGUGCAGAGCAGGGGCCAAUGAAGUGCACCUUUGUGAACUGGCAGCUGCAUGAGCAGAGCACCUGCGAGUGGGCAGAGCCUUGCAGCUGCCACUGCUCUUAGAGGGCCUCUCCUGCAGCUGCUGAAGCUCAGCCAUCCCCUGGGCACCUCGGUGUCCUUGCAGGCCGUGGCACUGCAGGGGCCCUGAGGGGUCUGCAGACACCUGUCUCUUUCUCUCUCUCUCUCCAGGCUCUCCAAAGAACUUGGGGCUCUUGUCUUUAGGACACCAUUGAGACCGCUAAAGCAGGCCUGAAGUGCCCCAAGCAGCUGCUUGUGAUGACUCCAGCAGUGCCACACAGGCCAGCAGCAGGCCUGGGCCUCCAGAGCUGCCCAAAGCAUUCCUGCCAGUAGGGAGGUUUGUGGCCCUGGCUAGCUGCAGGGUGAGUGCCCAUUGCUUCUGGCUAGCAUGGGGAUGCUUUGGCCCUCCUCGUGCCCCCUGCAGCUAGCAUGCUGCUGCUGCUGUGUUUGCCUUCCCUGCAGCUGCUGUCCCACCUGCAGCAAGCACAGCAGAAGCAGUGGGUGCUGCUGUGGAGUUGCAGCCUGACACUUGUCAGCAGUGCAGGCAGGCUGGAGCUUGGGCUCUUGGAUGCAGCUGUUUACAGCUGUAGGAGCUGUACUUUGGUGGCAGCACUGAGAACCUGUUUGCAGGGCAUGUUUCAAAGGCCAGGCAGCUCUGGCUGCUCUGGCUGACACCUUUGGCACCAGCUCUUCCUCACUUGCUUGCCCUGAGCCCACAGCCUGCUCUUCCCUGAGGCUUCUGGGUUUUCAUAGCUGCUGCCUUGCCCUGCUGGGCUGCCCGUGCAGAAGGUGGCAAACUGUGGGUCCGUUCCCUGGGGCAGAGCUGGCAUUUCCAGCAGCCCAGCUGCAACUUCCCGUCCCUGGCACUGCCUGGCGCUGUGGCAGCAGCCUGUGAGUGGGCACUGGCUGAGGCCAGCGUGGGUCCUGUAGCUGGCAGGGGGCAUUAGCUGUAUGGCAUCACAAGUGGGAACCUGUGAGCAGCUGGGUGAAAUGAGCAGGAGUAGAAACCAAGAGCUGCCCAAGAGCCAGGGGGGCAUUCCAGAGGGAAUUAGGCUGCUUGUCUGCACAGGCCUGCGGUGGGAGCUGGGCAGCUGAGCUGCUGUGUCUUGCACACAGCUCUCCUCAUGGCAGAGAAGCAGCCCUGCCAAGAGGUGCAUGCCAAAGCUGAGAUCCUCUGCUUCUGCUGCUUUUCCUGGCUGCAGCUUCAGCUCUCUUCUCUUGAGCUCUGGACCCAAGCCUCCAGGCUGCAGCUGUGCAGUGUAGAGCUGGUGGCUGUAACCAGCAGGCACUUUGCCACAGAGUGCUGUGGAGCUGCCACUCAGGUGGCAUUGGUUAGCACCAGACUGCAGCUCAGCCGGGUUCCUGACUGCAGAGCUUUCAGUGGUGCCUCCAGCAGUGGUGCAUGCCUGGAGCUGUUUCCUUACCAGCCAAGUGAGCUAAGGAGACUGCAAGAUUUUAAGUUCAGUUCUUUUUCCAAUGGGAGGAGGCCUCAGAAGGGAUUUACAGUGGCAAGGAGCAGCCUCUUCUUGCCUCUGCCCCAGACGAGCCCUGGUGAGGUGAGCUGCUGGCCCUGGUGCCUGCUUAUGAGCAGUGGCUUCCCAAACUCUCCUCUCAGCUGUGACCUCUGCGAGCGUUGUGCACACAGAGCUGCAAGGUGCUGGUGAGGGCAGCAGUGGGGCCCUCUGCAGCUCGUUUCACAGGGCACUGUGCCCACCCUGCUGCUGUGGCAGGAGAGCACAGCAGAGGUGUGCAGCCAGGCCGUGUCCGUGCAGUGGCAGAGGGGGCACGAUGCUGGCGUGGUGGGCACAGCUGUAGGUGUGGGCAGCAUCACUGCCCAGCAGCAGUUCGGUGCCAGGGAACCAGGCCUGGCCCCUCACAGCAGCAGCAGCUGCAGAGGUGUGGCUGCCUGGCAGCUGCUUCCCUGGCAUCUCCCAGAGCAGCUUAGCCCCAUCAGAGUGGGGAGCAGAGUGCAAGGCUGGCAUUGCUACAGAAGGGCCACAAGCAUCUAGGCAAAGGCCUUGGCUCCCCUCUCUGGCCCUUCCCUGGCUCGAGGACAGAUGGCCUGGCAUGCAGCCUGGGUACCUUUGCAGCUGUCCUUGGGCAUCUCUCAGCUGCAGCUUUGCACCACAGUGCUGAGGGUGCCAGCAGCUGCCCUGUUUACCAGUGGCCUCUGCACUGAAGGCAGAGCCUGCUGCAAGCUGCUGCCUGCCCUGGCUCAGCACUGCCCACAGCACACUGCAGGCUGAGCCACUUCACUGCAAAGCUUCAUUUACCUUCUUAACAGCCUCUAAGGAGCCAAGCUGCUUUGUGCCUGCCCUCCAGGUUUGUUGCCACUUAAAGGCCUCUUGUGCUACAGCUCUGCAGCACUUUCCUGCCAGCUGCACUCAGGAAGGCUGUGCCUGCAGCAAACCACAGCCAAGGGCACGGAGGAGUCACACUUGGAACCAUCAGACACGGCACACAGCAAGCCACAGCACAGCCCAUGGCAUGGGGACUGGCGAGGCAGCAGCCAGCAGCACGGUGCCAACCCAAAAGGAGCAGCAGAUGUUUGCAGACCAAGACUGAGUGAGGGAGCUGAAGAGACUCAAGCAAGCCAACAGUCACUUGCCUCGACCACCUCCAGUGCUGACUGUUCAGCCUCUGCCCAGAAGCAGUGGGCUCUGCUGGGCUGGCAGGCCUGCCCCAGGCUGUGACGGGGCACAGCAGCCAGCGCUGGAGCCCGGGUCCGGCCGAGCCUCUGCUGGUGCAGGCUGCAGUGCCCGGCUGCCAGCUGCGGGGGGCAGCUGGCUGCUGAGGCUGUGCCACCCAGCAGGCUCCCCCCACGGCUGCUUUGUUUCAAUUCCCAAGUGAAGUGGCACUUCCCCGGGACUCCCCACCCCCUGCAAGCCUUCCCCAAGCCUGCUACGUUACUGCUUUCUGCCCCCUGCCCUGGCUGUAAAUAGCUGCUCUCGGCCGCAGCCCCUCAGGCCUUUUGUCAGGAGGUGCUGCCGAGCAGCCAAGCACUGCAAUAAAACUGCCCUUGGGUUUUC